CAUCAGACUCUCUGGAAAAUGCGCCCAACUCAGGGGCAAAUACGUCAUUCCGGCACCCCUGACGUGAACCAGAUUACCUCAAAACCGUGACGCACCCGUCCCCUCCGUUCUCCGCCCAACGCAGCACCACCACAAAAUCAAAACCAAAAUUCAGAAUCCAAAUCCCUCAGAUUCGCAAGACCCCUUUCCCUCGUCGCAUGAGCUCGCGGUUCCGGUAGGCAUGGCGGGAGCGUUGUCGCUGCCGACGAGUUCGAAGUCGGUGACGCAGACGGUGAACGGCUCGCACCGGUUCGUGAUCCAGGGGUACUCGCUGGCGAAGGGGAUGGGAGUGGGGAAGCACAUUGCGAGCGAUUUGUUCAGCGUCGGAGGGUACCACUGGGCGAUCUACUUCUACCCCGACGGCAAGAACCCCGAGGACAAUUCCACUUACGUCUCCGUCUUCAUCGCCUUGGCCAGCGAAGGCACCGACGUCAGGGCGCUCUUCGAACUCACGCUCCUCGACCAGAGCGGCCAGGGGAAGCACAAGGUUCACAGCCAUUUCGAUCGCUCCCUCGAGAGCGGCCCCUACACGCUCAAGUAUAAGGGUAGCAUGUGGGGGUACAAGCGGUUUUUCAGACGGUCUAUACUUGAAAGCUCUGAUUUCCUCAAGAAUGAUUGUUUGAAAAUAAACUGUACAGUUGGAGUUGUGGUUUCAGCAAUUGAUUGUCCACAACGUAACUCUAUUAACAUCCCGGAAACUGACAUUGGAUCACAAUUUGGCACACUAUUGGACAAUAUGGAAGGUUCGGAUGUUACUUUUGAUGUAGCUGGGGAGAAGUUCCCUGCUCAUAAGUUGGUGUUGGCUGCUAGAUCCCCAGAAUUUCGAUCUAAAUUUUUUGGUGGUUUAGUUGAGGAAAAGAACGAGAUUAUUGUUACAGAUUUAGAACCAAAGGUUUUUAAGGCCAUGCUGCACUUUAUCUACAGGGAUACUCUUACAGAAGAGGUGGAAAUGGGUUCAUCAACCACAACUAACGAUUUUCCAGUUUCCGAGACAUUGACAGGAAAAUUGUUAGCUGCAGCAGACAAGUAUGGCUUGGGUAGGCUUAGAUUGAUGUGUGAAUCUCGUCUUUGUAAGGACAUUUCUGUGAAUUCUGUAGCCAACAUUUUAACCUUGGCUGAUGAUUGCCAUGCUGCGGAGUUGAAAGCUGUUUGCCUUAAAUUUGCUGCUCAAAAUCUGGCAGCAUGGGCACUUUGAAAGUUCAACUGUACACCACUGGAAAAGAGAAAUGAUCGCACAAUUUAUCCUGGACAUGCAUGGCAGUGUUCUACAAUUUUCUACAUCAUCCAUAUGGACCAUAUCUGACACUGAUCUAUUGCCAAGUUUUUAGUAAUCAAGCUUCGUGUCUUUUCUGUGCCGCAUAAAUAUAAAUAGAUACUUGCUUGGAAGGGUUUGUAUUUAUGUCUUUCUUUUUUCUUGUGUUGAAUUUUUAUAAAAAAAUUGUAGAUUAUAGAUUGGUUGUCCAAAAAUUUGUCUCUGUUCUGUUUCAGUUGUUCUGAUCAUGCAAUAUUAUAUCUUUUGAUACACAACAAAAGACGUGAAAUAAAAUUUACCAAGGGGUUAACUGCGGAUUGCAUAGGCGAACACUUAAAACAAAAAUCUUAGGAUUGUCGUAAUGUUAAUAAGGUUCAAUUUAAAUCUUUAGUUCAGAUAUAAAUAAUUGAUGUUGCAUUGUGUGUAUAUUAUUUUGUACAAAUACAAGGCAUUUAACGAGGACAUGAUUUAGUAUGGGAUGUUGAUUAUCUUCGUAACUAAUAUUCUGAAAUUUCUCUAUCCUUUAGAAACGUAGCCGGCCAUUCUCUAUGUAUAUACACCAGUGGAGAACAAAAUAAAUAGUAUGUUUGGUUUGGCGUUGAAGCCACCAAACAUACCUAAACUAACGUUAAAAGUCCGAAGCUAUUAGUUGUUGCUUUACUGUUAAUGUGAAUUUUGGAAUCUAUUUUACUAAAAUUGAAGCUAAACGAAACCCACAUGUAAAAUUUUGACUUUUGAAAUACAAAAUUACAAUAAUGCUUUGCUUUACGUGCAAGCUCUUCUCAUUCUUGAUAUGGUUAU